AUGAGUAGCCCACCUGGAGGCCAAAAGGAUGAGUCGGUGGCGAUUGCACCAAUAAUGACCAACAUUCCCAGUGAGAUUCUCACAGCACAAUCUACGCCGCCAGUGAUGCCGCCCCGUCCUUCGAUUGCAUCGACUGCAUCGACACCAGCUGCUGCAACUCCUUCCGAUUCGACGAUUCCUCCGAUGUCCGCUGAGAUAAAAGGUAUCAUAGCUGUGAGCGUGGUCGCCGGUGUUGCGGUCCUAACCUUGAUAACCAUAUUGAUCAUCAUGUUCGUUCACCGACGGAACAAGAGAAAGAAGAAGGAAAUGAUUGAUGAAAAGCAUAACACCAUGGAAUCAGGGAGGAGGGGGUCUGGAAUCAAUCAAAAUUUUAAAGGCGUCCCCUUUGGUCAGAUGGAUGCUCCAGGUCACAGCAGAGGAAUGUCCUCGCCAGCACCGAGCUCAGCAUAUCUUCUUGGAGCUCCAUCACCUGAUCCGAGUGCAGUUUUCUCCCCCAGCAUAUUAAGACACCAACAACCUACACCUACACCUGAGCCCGAAUACAGAGUUGCACCACCUAGUCCAUCAACCUACUCCGCACAACCGCAAGCGAGCAUCCGAGUGGUUCCCAGUGACCCUUCUCUUUUAUUCAACUAUGAAAAUAGCCAACAGUCCAGUCAUACUGGUGGCCAGCGACCCAGUCAUAGCAGACAAGUGAGCGAACUAACUUCUUAUGCCACACUUGGCCGCCUUGAUACUGGAGCUGGAACUUUCCCACUCCCACCCCUAGGAAACUUAAGCCAAUUAGAAAUCGUUUCACCACAGACAGCCAUUGAGCUAGAAACCCCAAUAGACCAACAAACAUCCAAUUUCUUCGGCCGAGCCUCAGGAACGACUAGAGAUACAAUGGGCUUCCCCGUCGAUAUCAAAGUCCCGAGUGUGAAGUCAGAGGUAUAUCCAGAUAUGCCAGAGCUAUCUGACAGAAGACCGUCCGCCGCACCUGAACCUCUUUUCCACGGUCACGGAUCGGGAGACUAUGGAAGCAUGGCAUCACCUCAACCUACACGCCCAGGAUACAGCAAGGAUACACUUGAACGUGCUGUUCGGGAACGUAUGGCUGGAACACCAUCUCCGGCUCCUAGCACGUUACUUCUUGCGAAUCAGAACUUCUCACGCAACUUGACGCAUGGGUCUCGAAUGAGCGGUGGUGUCACAAAACUUCUGGAUGAAGAGCUGAAGGUUGACCGAGAAAGUCCAGUAUUGGGAGUCAAGAAUCCAGUUGUUAUCAAGGCUGUGCAUCCAAAAUUGGAGGAUCUGAGACGCCAGCAGAGCCAGCGGACUGUUGAUAGCAUGGAGUCUGUUAUCAGCGAUACAGAACUGGAACGGUUGGGCGUAGGAGUUGGAAGGGUUUAA